AGCACGAGGUGUGUUCGAGUUCUUGCCUGCUGCUUUGCAAGAAACAGCAUGCAGUACAUUGCAGCCGUAUUGGCCACGAUUUUCAUUGUACCCGUAAACGGCGACGGCAAUUGUAGCAAGACCGGAGGUUGUAAGCCAUCUGCUUGCGGUCCAUUGGAAGUGGCCGUGUCUGGGCAACCUCGACAUGACAAUUUCUGCAGACCUCUGUUCACGCCUCCUUGGGAGCUGCGCAAACUUCGGAGAUGCGUUUGCAAGCGGCGUUACCUACGAAACUCGUGGGGGGAGUGUGUCCCACGCUUAAAGUGCAUACCUUGCCAGUUCCGAUGGCAGAAAGAUUAUCGCGAGUGCGCAGAUGGGUGCCCCGCCACCUGCAACUUGCCCUUCAGCAAGUCAUGCGACAAGCCGUGUGCUCCUGGAUGUGCAUGCCCACCUGGUUGGGUAGUGUACCCGGGAAAACCAUGGAAGUGCAUCAAGGCCUACAGGUGUCUUCCCAAGUGCCCGGCCCACUCUGAAUUCCAGGCUUGUGUAUCCAGUUGUCGGCCUAAGUGCGGUCGAGUUCCGCCCGAGAAAUGCGAAUUUAAUUGUGAUAGGGGAGCGUGCGUUUGUAAGAAGGGCUAUAUUGAACUCGAGCAGGAUGGAAAAACCAAGUGUGUGCGCAAAGCAGUGUGCUCCUGGAUUGUGCGCAAGCCUUCGUUUAAGCCCAGCGCCGUUCUGCAUUCCGGUAGCGGAGGAGGGUCACCUACCACAACAACUUCGCCAGCCGGAACCAUUCGGCAACCAGGGAAUAUGACCGUAUCUAUUGCCACAGUUUCCUCGAAUGGCACACAAACACACCCAGUGGGUACGCCCUCGAGUGGUGUUGCAAGUCAGCCUGCUGGCAUUGUGAGCGCAGGUACUCAGGGUGGAGGCACUGUGAGUGGCGUAUCAGGUACCAGCGGAGGAAACAGAUCAGGUAUUCAAGAUGGGGGCACUAUGAUUGGUGAACCAGGUUCAACUGGAGGAAGCAUUGCAGGUACAGAAGGUGUAGGCACUGUAAGUGGCGUAUCAGGUACAAGCGGCGGAAGCAGUGCACGUAUUGAAGGUGAAAGUACUGUGAGUGGUAUAUCAGGUACAACCGAAGGAAGCGGUAACAUGGGAGUAUCCACGUUAACUACUCCGCCCCUUCCUAAUCGGGAGGUAAGCGUUCCCACAGGCGGUACAGUAGUCACUGAGAUUUCAGCUGCAACUGGUACCUCUGGAAUUGGAGCCCGAAAUGUUGGUGCAGCCCCAACAGUUCCAACACUUCCCACGGCAAAUGUGACAGGAGGAGGUGCCGCAGCACCUGGCGCGGCUAUUAUGGUCUCAUCUGUUAGCCCAAUGCAUGCGCCGUCUGUCACCGGAACAAACUCAGCCAUUGCUACUGCGGAUCCUUAUAGAAUUCCAGACGGAGCAGUCCUAACAAAUGCAGAUUCAGGAGCCACCGCAGUGGCUAGUGGGAAUGAUUUAGGAAGCAGAACAUCGAUAUUGGGCUUCACCGGUCCCGCAUGGUCAGCUUCCAUAAGCAGAACACCAGAAACGGGAGCCACAAUGUUAGUAGAUACCGGUGGAAUUGAGAGAACACCUGUCACGUAGUUACACAAGGUUAGAGUUGCGACCCGGCCAUAUUCAAUCCGGGAAAACAAGUUCUCUCAAGAUACGGCAGCAGCUUUGAGCUCCCAAAUUUCACCGCCGAAUAAUGCUUUCUGGUUUUCCAUAAAUGUGCAAACCAUAUUAUACAAAGCAAGCGUUCUGUCUGUCAUUCUUUCUAUUGCGCAAAGUGAAUUAUUUCAUUUUUACUUCAAUCUGCUAACUGCAGUCGAAAGGGGGUCUGUUACGUGCUUCCAACAACAGCGGUGCAUCAUCCAGAUAGCCUUAUUUCUCUUGUGUGAUCUUUGGUGCUAGUUCAACCAUAUCUGCUGGUUUUUUUGCAAAGUCUCAUCAGUUUUUUGCAAUAAGCUCAUCACGCCUGCUGAUCCACAAGUUUAAGUCGCAUGAGUGAAGGGGCAAAGGUUGUUCCCUUGGCCCCCAAGAACCCUGGGGCUGGAAUAACAAAUAUGCGGUUCGUUUGCUGACCAGCUGCUUUCGUAUUCAUUUUUAAGAUAUGUUGCAAAUUUUCUAGAUAUUACAUUGAUAAAUUUUAUCAUACCAUAUGGGUACUCAGCGUAUUGUCUAUUUAUCUUGUUUUCAUUUUGGCAUUCUGUAUACUUAUUCGCAAUAAAACAACUGGCGACAAGCUGUCGCCCGUGGAGUCAGCGCUUUCUGAAAGAAAAGGUGGCUACCGCUGCAUUUGUGCUUCUCAAGUUGCGCAAGUAAUGCACGGUUGAACACUGGUGUUAGGCAUACUGCACUCCCGGUGUGAUGUCUUAGCGUAAGGUCAAUGUCCCGCAUGAAUGGUAUAGCUUGCCCUCUAACUUCUGCAAGUGACGUGGAUGAAAAGGAUAAGCUACUAGGACAAAGGACACACAAGGGCCGAAGAAAGCCGUCUAAUAUUGUCUUGAAUGUCUUGUAAUCCGACUAUAGUAGCAGCAACUACUGUUAUUCUACGAAUGCUUCCAAUGGUAACUACGUUCAAAUGCCACCAAUGAAAUAAAGAAAUCUGGUUACGUGCCCAUUAUUAUAAAUAGGGGACAGCGGGUCACUCAGCCCUGCCGAAUUCUUUAGUAGCGCCAUAAGAACAGAACAGAAUCAAAAUUAGAGGGAAAUGCUGCUUGGAAGUUAUACCUUAUUGCCCCGAUAGGGCAUUGCAGGAUACACAUACGAACUCAACU